AUGGGUGCUAGACCUGUGAAUCGGCAACCCACUCCUCCUCCUCACACUGCCACGCCUACUCCACCUAUUCUACAGGAAGAGAAUGUAGCGGAUAAUAAUGACGGUGAGGCCAGUCAUUAUUCUAAUAGUCAUAGCCAUCACACUGAGGUCCGUCAACCACGUGUUGAGCAUGUUGAUGAACAUGAAGCUGAAGAAAGACGAUUGAUGGCUUUUAGAAAACAUAAACCUCCUUCUUUCAGCGGAGGCUACGACCCGUUGAUGGCAGCAAAAUGGCUCCAAUCUAUGGAGAAAAUCUUCAGGGUGAUGAGAUGCCCUGAUGCAUUGAAGUUGGUCUACUCUGUGUAUAUGCUGGAAGGUGAAGCUGAAGAUUGGUGGACGAAUACAGUGCAACCAUUAGAAGCUGAAGGCCGGGAAAUCACCUGGCGGUUGUUCGAGAUGUUGUUCUUGGACAACUACUUCCCUAGGGAGGCUAGGGAACAGAAGCAGAAUGAGUAUAAUGAUCUAAAGCAAGGGUCGAUGUCAAUUGACCAAUACUUUGCUAAAUUCAACGAAUUGGUGAAGUACGCCAACUAUGGGAGAGCCCUACCCACUCCAGCUGAGAUGACCUCCAAGUUUCAAUGGGGUCUGAACGAGAAGAUGUCUCGGAAAAUGUCAAAUUGUGACAUCCGAGAGUUUAGUAGAUUUGUGAACCAGUGCCGAAAGGUGGAAGAAGUAUACAAUGUUUCCAAGAUCAAAAAGCCUUCUGAGGCACAAGCAUCUGGUGCUAGUGGAGCAACUGGCCCUACUUCAGAAAAUAGUAAGAAAAUGGAUGAAAAGAAGAAAUUACAAGCGAGACAAUCGGAGGAAAAGUUUAAGAGGAGCGGGAGUCAACAAAGUUGGGAUGACGAAAGACCCCAUGUGCCCAAGUGUGACAAUUGUGGCAGGCAUCACAAGGGCGUUUGUUUGAUGGGCCAGAACGUAUGUUUCAAGUUAUGGGUAGAAUACCAUAGGAGGUCAGAUUGCCCUGUUUUGGGUGCUUGCUCCAAAACAUCCACGCUAUGA